AACAUCUCCUCCACGUUGAGAACCACUAUACUGGGAGGAGAACCACUAUACUGGGAGGAGAACCACUAUACCUGGAGGAGAACCACUAUACCUGGAGGAGAACCACUAUACUGGGAGGAGAACCACUAUACUGGGAGGAGAACCACUAUACUAAGAGGAGGACCACUAUACUGGGAGGAGAACCACUAUACUGGGAGGAGAACCACUAUACUAAGAGGAGAACCACUAUACUGGGAGGACGAACAAUGCAACCCCUGUCUUUGGACCUGGCCUGGCUCCUGUUGUUCUGCUCGGCUCCUGUUUUUGCAGCGCCUCUCAACCAGAAUCGCCUUAAAACCUGUGAACUCUACCACACCAGCCAACCUCUGGACUGCAAGGAUGUGUAUGAGAGUGGUAUGACCUCGGAUGGAGUAUAUUUGAUUUUCCCCAAAGGAUGUUUUUCAAUUCCUGUCCCAGUCUACUGCGACAUGACCACUCCAAAGGGACCAUGGACAGUGUUUCAGAAGAGGUUCGAUGGAAGUGAGAAUUUUUUCCGAGGCUGGGAGGACUACAAGGCCGGAUUUGGGCAUGCCGACAAAGAGUAUUGGCUGGGUCUGGAGAACAUCUACCACCUCACCCUGCGGAGGUCCUACCGCCUGCGCAUCGACAUGGCAGAUUUCGACAAUGACGCCCGUUUUGUGAUCUACAAUAAAUUCGCCCUCUCGCCGCUCGCCAUCUCUGCUGAGGAAGACAACUACAAGCUGUACAUUGACGGGUUCGAGGAAGGAGAUCCGUCCAGACCGGCUGGCAAUUCUCUCUGGAACCAAAAAGACAUGAAUUUCUCCACCCACGACCGCGACAGGGAUAGGCAUACCGAAAACUGCGCCAGCAUGUUCAAGGCGGGAUCCUGGUACAACGCCUGCCACAGCACCAACCUGAACGGAUUAUACCUGGGAGGCCUGAAUGAGCAAUACGCCAUUGGCAUGACCUGGUCUUCAUGGCGAGGGCAGAAAUACUCCCUGAAGAGCACCCAGAUGAAGAUAGCCGCCAAUGGGUGAACUGAAGAUUGUUUGCCCCUUCAUAGCACUGGAAGGGUUUCUGCUGAGAACUUUGCAAUAUAAAUAUUAUUAGGCUUGUCUCAACUCAAAAAACUGUAAUAAACUGUAGAUGUCCAGUCCUUA